CCAAAAAGUUAUACUUUACGAAGCACGAACGUCAACCCACCUCGAACCGCAUAAAUCGGCGCACUCAGUCGCAGGACACUUUAGGAAAGAAGAGAGAUCAGGAAAGAGAAAGAAAAAAUGCCGGCCCCAACUGCGCUCCAGCGCCGCCCAGAAGAAUUGGCAGAGAACAUCGCAGCGGACCAAGACAUGGCCAUGACCACUUCGCUACCCACAAAUGAGGAUGGAUUGAUCGAUAUGAGUGUGCUUCCAGCGGACGGCCCUUCCGCACCCAUCCCUACGAUUUCGAAUGCGCCGGAAGAGAACUCCGAGGAUAUCACAAUGAACGAGGAUGGAAAGGCAAUUCCACGAUUUGCCCCAGACACACAUGUUGUGCCGUUGAGUUUUAAGCGCGAACUGCGAAAAGUGCCUAUCCCACCUCACCGACUCACUCCUCUCAAAAACGCAUGGCCCAAGAUGUACCCACCACUCGUCGAGCACUUGAAACUACAAUGCCGAGUCAACACCAAGAGCAAGGCCGUCGAACUGCGAACGAGCGAACAGACAACCGACAUUGGAGCGCUGCAGAAGGGAGAGGACUUCGUCAAGGCAUUCACACUGGGUUUCGACGUAGACGAUGCGAUCGCGCUGUUGCGAUUGGAUGAUUUGUACAUUGAGACUUUUGAAAUCAAGGAUGUAAAAACUCUCAACGGAGACCAUUUAGCUCGAGCAAUCGGCCGUAUCGCCGGAAAAGACGGAAAAACCAAAUUCGCCAUCGAAAACGCCAGCAAAACCCGCGUCGUACUCGCCGACUCCAAGAUCCACAUCCUCGGCGGUUUCCAAAACAUCCACAUAGCACGCGAGUCCAUCGUCUCUCUCAUCCUGGGCAAGACGCCCGGAAAAGUGUACGGCGGCCUGCGCACCGUCGCCGGCAGGAUGAAGGAGCGCUUUUGAAUGACUUUGUUAACAUGACAUCACGACCCCCUUGUCAUGCCUCUUCCCACCCCCCACUUGUUCGUUAUUCUGCAUUUCCCUGGCGUUUUACCUCACUUUUUCAUCUAUUCCUUAUGGUGUUUGCUCAAAAAAGAUAUGAGGGGUCAACGAUGUGUGGCUGGCUUCGGCUCUCUUUCUGGGGACUGAGAGGUUGGUUUUAUAUAUAGACCGAGAGAGAGGCGGCGUAGAGAAAAAUGAAUUUCAUACAUGAACGAA